UGAAAAAGAAGAAGGAGGAGAAUUUGUCCUGGAAACGUGGAGAGAGCGUUGGACGAGUGUUGGACAAGCGUUGGACGAGCGUUGGACGAGCGUUGGGAUGUUGAGCUCUUUCCAUUGAUGACAUCACCAACUUUGGCACAACCCACGCGCCAUGGCUGACAAACAGCCUGCUCCCUCCACUUCUUCUCCUACUCAUCAGAACGGAAAGAUUGGAGAGACGAUGCCUAAAUGUUCUUCACCCUCUCAUCAGAAUGGACAUCUGGACAGAAGACUGAGACGUCAGAGUCCCGCUACCAUGAGUCCUGUACCUCAGCCUCCCUCUGCUUCCAGUACCCCAGGCUCCACCUCACCCUUCAGGUGUCUUGUGAGUCCUGUACCAUGGUCUGGCCUUGAGGGCAGGUCUAGUUCCUCCAGACCUCGGAGUCAGAGUCCCAGUUCUGCUCUGACCUCCAGGACCAGAACCUGGGCUCCUCAAAUUCAGUGCAGGAGCAGCCAGCAGGAGGAGCCAGAGGCCUUGUUGAACCUGAUCCUGGAGUCUCAGGGACAGAGACUGGAUGACCAGAGAGCCAGCGUCAGUCUCCUGCCUGAUCCAGGGCCAGCUCCUCUGUGUGGAGCCUGCAGCCACGAACAGUGCCCCCUGCCCACUGUGGACCUCUACUACAUGUUAAUUAACUUCCAGUCGGACAGAAUGGAGGACCAGCGGUGCUCCCUCCCUGACCUGGAUGACCGGGUGGGAUCAGCUACAGAGGGUCAGGAGGAUUUCUUCAGUCUGAUCCAGAGAGUCCAGUCCAGGAGGAUGGAUGAGCAAAGAGCGUCAUUGAUGACAUCACACACUGAGGACGAGGAUGACUCCUCCCCCCAUCGCCAUCAUCACUGAAACCAGGAUCCAAACUGUGCUGAUAUGUACUUCCACACAUACAGUUUAGAUCUGGGGCCAGGCCCCAGGUCUAGGAUCUGGUUCUGACUCCAGGACAGACCAGUUUAAUAACCUGGGUCAUGAUCUUUUAUGUUGACCACACCUGUAUCAACUAAUACCAGGACCAGGACCAGCAACUAAACAAUGGCAGGAACCAGGAUCAGAACCAGAAUCAGGGUCUCUCAGGUUCUGAGAAGCUACAGGAUCCUGCGGUGGAAAUUCCCUGAAAAAAACCUGCCUUACCAUAACCCCACAUUUUCAAAGUUAAGUUUAUUCUGUUAAGGAGCAAAUGUCUCAUGAGAUGAAACCUUUGGGGCCUUGACUUGUUUCUGGUCUCGGUCCUGGUCCUAGACCUGGUCCUAGACGUGGACCAGACCUGGACUACGACCUGGUCAUUAUUAUUUGUGUGGCUCUGGACCUGGACCUGGUCCUUUUCUUACCUCUAGUUCUGUUCCUGGUCAUUGUCCUGGUCCUGGUCCUGGUUCUGGUUCUGGUCUAGCUCUACCUGGUCUAGCUCUACCUGUACUUGUGUCCUUUAGUUCUUUAAA